GCUUGGGUAAGGUUUUGAGCACAGAGCUGUGGGAGAAUCGCAUGCAGUAAAAUUAAAUAAGAACAUCAGUAUAUUCACUAUGAAGGCGGUCAGUCCUGUGCGGUCUAUAAGGAAACCUGCUUUAUAUUUUUCGGAGCAUAAUACUCUUGGCAUCUCGCGGAUCAAGACCCCCUUGGACGACCAGCUCAGUCUACUGUACAACAUGAAUAACUGCUACAGCAGGUUGAAGGAGCUCGUGCCUAGUCUACCGCAGAACAAGAGCGUGAGUAAAAUGGAGAUCUUGCAGCACGUCAUAGAUUACAUUCUGGAUCUUCAGAUCGCACUGGAACAGAACCCGCUCGGACAGGCCCCCCCACAAAAGACUGUCAAAUCACUCGGCGCUGAUAUCAGCAUCAUCUCUUUCCAGCCCAGUCUCCCUCAAAGAGAUGUUAACACAGAAGACCUCAUGGCGUUAUCUCGUUGACAUAGUGUUUCGGUCAUGGAGCAAAAACAGGGCCUUUUUGUGUUAUUUUUUUUGUGUCCGGUGUCGUUCGCCUGGACUUCGUCUUGAAUGACAGGGAUUACCCUUAAAUGGACAUGAAAAGUUUCUGAGCUUACUACGAACUUUAUAUUCUUUCUUCCAAAGGAAGAUUAAAAAAGAAUGGAGAAAUGGAAAAGGAAUAAUGUAAUUAAGCGAGCAAUAUACAGGAUUUUUGCUGCAAAAGUAUGUUAAGGUGUUGUGCAAAACAAACACGCAUUUGAACAUCUCCGUCCCAGGCUCACAGGCUGUCAAGUCUACCAUUUUCUCUUUCUGCUGGAAGUGUGGUGUUUAUAAUAUUACAGAAAUUUUAUAAUUAUAACAUAAAUUGCACUUUUAUACAUAAUUAAAUGCUAUGUAUUAUGUUGGUG